CUGCGGGUCUGAAUCUGCAGCCUCCGGGACCGCAGAGAGAUACUAUUGUGGCUCGCUGUGACGCAGUUUGUUCUCCUUCUUCUCCUCCUCUUCUCCUCCGGCUGAAGGUUGACGUGGACUCUGCGAUGGAUCAGUGUGAGGACGCCGGGGGCGGAGCCUCUAAAACCGACCGGACCGAAGCCCACAGGCUCCAUCAGGCACCAGAGUCUCCUGAACCUGGACCUAGACCUGAACCUGAACCUGGACCUGAACCUGAAUCUGAAUCUGAAUUCAGCUUUGUGUCCCAGAAGAGUUUUCAGUCCAGGGAGCCUCCAAUUGCUUUUGGACAAUCUGCUGAUAGACAGCUCCAUCAGACACCGGAGUCUCCUAAACCUGGACCUGGACCUGAAUCUGGACCUGAAUCUGGACCUGAAUCUGAACCUGAAUCUGAAUUCAGCUUUGUUUCCCAGAAGAGUUCUCAGUCCAUGGAUUAUCCGAUUGCUUUUCUUCAAUCUGCUGAUAGACAAGUGGACGAGGACAGCCCAGGGGUUCCCAGAGGUCAGACUGCCCAGCAGCAUCAGAUACACCUGGACUCCAUAUUUAUGCCGCUGAGGCAAAACAUCUUCACUUUUGUGGAGAACGAGCUGAACAAGGUCCAGAAGGUUCUGAGUUGCGAUUACCUAGAAUACUUUGAGAGUCAGGGGGAUGAUCAGGAGGAUGAAGAGCAAACGAGGAACAGCAGAGAGGCCUUUCUGAAAAUCACACAGCACUUCCUGAGGAGACUGAAGCAGGAGGAGCUGGCUGACCGUCUGCACAGCACACGACAUCUGCUUGUUGUUUGCAAAAGAAAACUUAAAUCCAACCUGCAGAAAAAGUUCCAGUGUGUGUUUGAGGGGAUCUCUAAAGCAGGAAACCCAACCCUUCUGAAUCAGAUCUACACAGAGCUCUACAUCACAGAGGGAGGGACUGCAGAGGUCAAUGAGGAACAUGAGGUCAGACAGAUCGAAACAGCAUCCAUGAAACCAGUCAGACCAGAAACAGCAAUCAAGUGUGAAGACAUCUUCAAAGGCUCACCUGGAAGAGAUGAACCAGUCAGAACAGUGCUGACAAAGGGAGUGGCUGGCAUUGGGAAAACAGUCUUAACACAGAAGUUCACUCUGGACUGGGCUGAAGACAAAACCAACCAGGACAUCCACUUCACAUUUCCAUUCACUUUCAGAGAGCUGAAUGUGCUGAAAGAGAGAAAGUUCAGCUUGGUGGAACUUGUUCAUCUCUUCUUUCCUGAAACCAAAGAAGCAAGAAUCUGCAGGUUUGAAGAGUUCCAUGUUGUGUUCAUCUUUGACGGUCUGGAUGAAUGUCGACUUCCUCUGGACUUCCACAACACUGAGAUCCUGACUGAUGUCACAGAGUCCACCUCAGUGGUUGUGCUGCUGACAAACCUCAUCAGGGGGAAACUGCUUCCCUCUGCUCGCCUCUGGAUAACCACACGACCUGCAGCAGCCAAUCAGAUCCCUGCUGACUGUGUUGACAUGGUGACAGAGGUCAGAGGGUUCACUGACCCACAGAAGGAGGAGUACUUCAGGAAGAGAUUCAGAGAUGAGGAGCAGGCCGGCAGAAUCAUCUCCCACAUCAAGGCAUCACGAAGCCUCCACAUCAUGUGCCACAUCCCAGUCUUCUGCUGGAUCUCCGCUACAGUUCUGGAUCUGAUGAAAACUAGAGAGGGAGGAGAGCUGCCCAAGACCCUGACUGAGAUGUACAUCCACUUCCUGGUGGUUCAGUUCAAACUGAAAAACGUCAAGUAUCAUGGAAAAUCUGGGACGGAUCCACACUGGAAUAAAAAAACCAGGAAGAUGAUUGAGUCCCUGGGAACACUGGCUUUUGAUCAGCUGCAGAAAGGAAACAUGAUCUUCUAUGACUCAGACCUGACAGAAUGUGGCUUCGAUAUCAGAGCAGCGUCAGUGUACUCAGGAGUGUUCACACAGGUCUUUAGAGAGGAGAGAGGACUGUACCAGGACAGGGUGUUCUGCUUCGUCCAUCUGAGUGUUCAGGAGUUUCUGGCUGCUCUUCAUGUCCAUCUGACCUUCAUCAAGUCUGGAGUCAAUCUGAUGUCAGAGGAACCAACAGAGACGCGUCUCUACCAGAGUGCUGUGGACAAGGCCUUACAGAGUCCAAAUGGACACCUGGACUUGUUCCUCCGCUUCCUCCUGGGUCUUUCUCUGGAGACCAAUCAGAAUCUCCUCAGAGGUCUGCUGACACAGACAGGAAGUAGCUCACAGACCAAUCAGGAAACAGUCCAGUACAUCAAGGAGAAGAUCAACAAAGAUCUCUCUGCAGAGAGAAGCAUCAACCUGUUCCACUGUCUGAAUGAACUGAAUGAUCGUUCUCUAGUGGAGGAGAUCCAACAGUCCCUGAGAUCAGGAAGUCUCUCCACAGAUAAACUGUCUCCUGCUCAGUGGUCAGCUCUGGUCUUCAUCUUACUGUCAUCAGAAACAGAUCUGGACGUGUUUGACCUGAAGAAAUACUCUGCUUCAGAGGAGGCUCUUCUGAGGCUGCUGCCAGUGGUCAAAGCCUCCAACAACGCUCUGCUGAGUGGCUGUAACCUGUCAGAGAGAAGCUGUGAAGCUCUGUCUUCAGUCCUCAGCUCCCAGUCCUCCAGUCUGAGAGAGCUGGACCUGAGUAACAACAACCUGCAAGAUUCAGGAGUGGAGCGGCUGUCUGAUGGACUGAAGAGCCAACAAUGUACUCUCAAAUGUCUCAGGCUGUCUGGUUGCAUGAUCACAGAGAAAGGCUGUGCUUCUCUGGCCUCAGCUCUGAGCUCCAACCCCUCCCACUUGAGAGAGCUGGACCUGAGCUACAAUCAUCCAGGAGACUCAGGAGAGAAGCUGGCUGCCUUACGAGAUGAUCAACAAACGGGAUUGAAUACUCUCAGGCUGGAGCCGGCUGGAGCCCAGUGGUUGAAACCAGGUCUGAGGAAGUAUUUAUGUGAACUCACAUUCGACACAAACACAGUGAACGGAAAGAUCAAACUGUCUGACGACAACAGGAAGGUGACGCAUGUGGAGGAGGAUCAGUCGUACCCUGACCAUCCAGACAGGUUUGACUACUGGCCUCAGCUGCUGUGCACGACUGGCCUGACUGGACGCUGUUACUGGGAGGUCGAGUGGAGCGGCGGCCUCGAUAUAUCUCUGACCUACAAAGGACUCGGCAGGAAAGGAGACAGCAAAGACUGUCUGUUUGGAUGGAACGACCGGUCCUGGAGCGUGAACUGCUUCGAUGGCGGUUACGCUUACAGGCACAAUAACAGAGAGAUGUCCCUCCACGCGGCGUCCUCCUCCUCCUCUGUCUCUCCCAGGUUAGGAGUGUAUGUGGACUGUCCCGCCGGCACUCUGUCCUUCUACAGUGUCUUCCCCGACACCCUGAUCCACAUUCACACCUUCAACACCACGUUCACCGAGCCUCUGUAUCCUGGCUUUGGGUUCUGGUGUAACUGGUUUGGUUCCUCAGUGUCUCUGUGUCCUCUGUAAGAGGGACAGGAAACAGAAUGAAGAGGAUGAGUAUGUUUUUCUGUUGCCGUGAUACAAUGACCCUCUUCAUUUACUCAUUUAAACAGUAGCCUUACCUUUGUUGCAGUCAUGCAGGCAAAAAUUUUAAUUUGUGAUUCUGAUUCCAGUAAAAGUCAGAUGUUAAAGUGUUGGGCGGCGUUCAGACUGCAGGCAGACCUGGGCCUCUUUCAUAAGCGCUCCUGAAUCAGAUACAGGUCUGCUGUUUUUUGUUCCAUAAGUGAAGAGAGUAUUGGGCAAUAAGAACAGAUUUUUUUGGACAAUGAGGACAGCUUUGUUUUGACAAUUAGGACAGUUUUAUUUUGACAAUUAGGACAGUUUUGUUUGGACAACAAGGACAGUUUUGUUUGAACAAUAAUGACAGGUUCUUUUGGACAAUAAUGACAGAUUUUUUUACAAUGAGGACAGAUUUGUUUGGACAAUGAGGACAGGAUUUUUGGACAAGGACAUUUUUGAACAGUAACAUGAAUAAAGUAAUUUUGAUUUGAUUGAUUGAUUGAUGUCCACAUAUGUGGUCCAAAAUUGCCGAAAGGCUUGCUUCAUUUCUGAAGUUUGUUUGUUUUAACCAGCGAUGGUCUUUGGCCACAUUUUGAAAAUAACAUGAACAGCCAAACAAAAAACGGCAAUCUGAGCCAGAAAACCCAAAGUGAGCCUGAAGCCCUGCAGAGUGGACGCAGCCAGAGAAACACUGGUUUUAUUUUACUUUUAUUGCCAUUUAUCUGGUUUUAUAUUGUAACUUUUAACUGUUUUUGCUUUGUCAGGCUAGUUAACCAAUUAACUGCCCAGAUUACAAACUGAAUGAAAUGAUAAAUGAUCUGGAACAAUGUGUACUGUAACACAUCAAGUGAAGAGGGGGUGUAGGGACACUGAACCCCACAGACAAACUCUUUUCAUUUGUGAAACUAAAUUGGACCUUAUUUGGAAAUGUAAGCAGCCACACAUGUUUAAGUCAGCAGCAUUCUUUGGACACAAAAACACUGAAGACUGAACUCAGUUCCCCAGGAUCCUUCACAUCAAUGUGUGAAGCAUGCUGGGUAGAUUCAUGUUGUCUCCACUGACAGGAAAGACUCUCAGCUCUCCAUGCAACACACCAUCAUCUGGAGUAAACCCGUCGAAAAGCAGCUGCUCAAACAACACCUGCCACAAGAUUAAUGUUAGCACCAAGCUGCUGCAGUUUCCUCCAAUCUGGACACCACUCAGCAAAGACUUCAAACAUUUUCUUUAGUGGUGGAUUCUCCAAACAAAGAGUUCCUGGGCUUUAGCACAGCAACAGUGUUUGACUUGUUUCAGUGUUCAUGAUUGUUAUGAUUAAAAGUUUUGAGCUUCAUUGUUAAAAUGUGUUUUUGUUUUGCUUUAUUUUAAUGAAAUGCUUUUACGAAUAUACAUGCUGCCGUUUUACUUUGUAGAGACACAGAAUCUUUAAACUUUCACCAAGUUUUGCCAUGGUUUUCAGAAUUGACAUCUGUACAAUAGGCAAUAGGGACAGGUUUUUGGACAGUAAGGACAGGUUUUUAGACCGUAAGGACAGGUUUUUGGACAAUGGGGACAGGUUUUUUGACAAUAAGGACAGUUUUUGGACAAUGGGGACAGGUUUUUGGGCAGUAAGGACAGGUUUUUGAACAAUGUGGACCGUUUUUGGAAAAUAAGGACAGGUUUUUAGACAGUAAGUACAGGUUUUUGGACAGUAAGAACAGGUUUUUGGACAAUGGGGACAGGUUUUUGGAGGGUCAAAAGAUGCCAUAUUGAUAUAUUGUGUGUUUUGUUUUGCUUAAUUUUAAUUAAAUGCUUUUUGGAAUAUA